CUUUACUAUUUAAGCAAACUUUUCUCAAUCAUUAAUCACUUUACAAACAACUUUCUCAUCAAACUAAUCCUCAUCCAGAUUCAAAAAACCAGCUUCAAAAUGUACAAGUUAGCCAUCGCCUUGUCCGUCGCAGUUUUGGUUCUCGUUGUUGGAGCGUCCGCAGGCAAGAUGGAAGGGAAGAAGAUGAAGGACGGUCACCACAAGCACCACAACCUGACCUGCAAGGGGGAGGCCAUCAACAUGAAAGGUGCGUUUGUGGGAAAGAAGGAAUGUCAUGACGAGAUUUUUGGAACCUCUGCGACCACAAUCAACCCGAAAACCAUGACGGAGGAGGCUAAAAAAGAAAUGAUUCAGAAAUGGAAGGACAAUGCCUUGUGCAUGGAAGUGUGCGUAAUGAAGAAGCAAAAAACUCUCAACGCUGAUGGUACUUACAAUGCAGCUGAGGCUGAAAAAUGGGUGAAAGAAAUGUUCCCCACUUCAGUUCAAUCCGCAUUGAAGAAGGCGUUUGAUGACUGUGCAUCCACUAAUGGUAAAUCGUUCAGUUUGGACAACAAAUGUGCUGGAUACAAGGCGUUCAGAGAUUGCAAAGUGAAGGCGAUUAUGGAGAUUUGUGAAUUCAAAAAGGGACAAUUCAAUCCAGAGGACAAUUAAAUCUGUAGCUGGCACAAAAUUUGGUCAUUUAUAAAAUAAUUAGUCCGGAAAUUAAUGGAUUAAAAUAAAAAUACGACUUCCUUCAAUAAUAAAUGCAGUCAAAUUAAAUAAUUAAAAUU